AAAAAAUUAAUGUAUAUCCUCUGUUAUUGUGUGUCCUUUUUUUAUAUAUUGCUGUUUCUUGAUAUCAGAAUUUGUUUAUCCUCUGUUAGUUAAUUUUUUAUGUAUGCAUUGUUCAUUUAUGUUUAUUUUUCAUUGUUGUUGUACUUUAUAUGUUUAAUUGAUUUUACUAUUUUGUUUUUUCAGUUAUGGGAUAAUAAGUUUGGUAAUGAAGAUUUUCAUACCACAUGUGUGACUUCUACAUGCUCGUUUAGAAUUAUUGAAACUAUCAUUUCUAUUUUGACCCCUGAACAGAAAGAAUUGUUUGGUCAGACUGUUUUUGGAGUCUUUUUAAGAACCCCUUCUUAUGUUAUGCAACACCAGUUGUUCCAUAGUUUAUUUUUGAGGGAGGUUGCCAGCCGAAUGAAAAUGAGAUGUGGUUUAAUGUAGCUGGUCGGAUGCUAAGGUUUAGCAUAGAGGAGUUCGCUUUGGUUUCAGGCCUUGAUUGUUCGGGACAAUGUGACAAGUUGAGGUAUAAACAAGACAAAAACUUAUAGAAGGAGAAGAUUUUUCCUGGUUUUAAGGAAAUACACAAGAAGGAUGUUGAGAACGCUUUUAUUGGUAAAAGGUUUGGUGAUAAUGAUGAGCUUGCAUUGAAAGUUGUUGUUUUGUACUUUGUUCAGUGUUUUGUCUUAAGUGAUUCAGACUCUAAAAAAGUAUCUGAUUUAGAGUUGGAUAUUAUUGAUAGUGGGAGGUUUAAUGAAUAUGCUUGGGGCAAAGAGUCUUAUUCUUUAUUUCUUGAUUCGGUAAGGAAUGCGAUAUCCAAGAAUCUUGUGAAAAUAAAUAAAGUUGAUAAUGGUGAGAGAAUUGGUUUUUAUAGGUUGAGAGGUUUGGCAUAUAUUUUUCAAGUUUGGUUCAAUGAAUGUUGUCCUUACAUUGAUGGCAUUCAUUGUUCUAAAUUGCAUGAUCGUAUUCCUAGAAUUCUUAACUGGUCCAAUGAUUCUGCUCCUUCUGUUAAAGAGUUCAAGAAUUCAAUCUUCAAUGUAUCUCUUUCUAAGGUAUUUAGUUUUAAGAGUUUGAUUUCAAUGUUAAUGGUAUGUUUAUUUUAUGUGUUUUUAAUGUUUUAUUUCAUGUUUUAUGUUUGUUGCAGCUUAAGGUCAAGAAUUUGCUCCCAACUGAGGAGGAAUCAUUGAGGUUACAUUUAGAUGGAUUCUUUGUGGAUAAGAAUAUAGAUGGCAUGGGGAAAGGAAAAUCUGUUCAGAUUGAUGAUGUUGGUAGUCAAGGUUUUGUUGACGAAAAUAGUUCAUCUUUUAAAUUUUCUGAUUUUCAUAGGAGAUUGACAGAUAUUUCUGCCAAGCAGGAAGCAUUCUCUGCUGAAUUUGUCAUUUUAAAAGAAGAUUUUAAGAGUAUGAUACAAUCUUUGGAAUCUGUACAUAAAAAGAUUGACAAGUUGUUGUCAAGACCUCCUCCCAAGGUUUGUUUGUAAUUUGUUAUUAUACUGUUAAUUAUUGUUUAAUUAUCAAUAUUUAUUUUUUAUAUUUCUUUUUUUAUGUGAAGGAUUCUCCUGAUGUUGAGGAAUACGAUAAUGAUGAAGUUGCUGAGAUUGAGGAGGCUUCUCAUGAGGAUGAGGAUGAAUUGGAAGAUGAUGAUGGUGAUAGUGAAGAGAGUGAGAUUGAUGAGGGUGCGAAUGAGGAUGAAGAGGGUGAUAACGGAAAGGAUGUGAAUGAAGAGAAGGAAGGGGGUGUGGAUGAGGAUGUUUCUCAGGGCGAGAAGAAUGAUAAUGAAGGUGUCAUUAAUGAUCCAGAUCAUGUUAGUGACGUACCAAAAGAUUGUUUUAACGAUGAGAAAAAAGAAAAUGAUGAUGCUGAUUUUUUCAAAGGUUAUAGCCAGCUUCCUGUUGAGGAUGAUGAUGCUGUUAUGGCUGGUUUGAAAGCUGUUGCAAAAUUUCAGCAAUCAUCUGCUUUGAUUCCAUAUGAUCCACAAUCAACUACUUCUGCUAAUGUGGAUUUGGCGGCUGAGCUUAAUGUUGUCGUUGAUAAUUUAGUUAAUGUUGAUGAGAUCACUCCUCCUGUUGAGAGGAGAAUACCAAAGCCUGGCUUACAUUUGCAGUCUCCUUAUGCACAACAGUUGAGUUCAUCAUCUAAGGCUGCUGUUGUUAAAAGUAAGGUUAAAGGUUUAUGUGCUUUGGAUCAUUCUGUUGUAGACGAUGUCAAUGAUGAAGAUGAGAAAGCCUUUGAUGCUUGGUUCAAAUCUGGUUUGCUUAAGAGACCCACGUAUGUUACUUUUAUGUUUAUUUCUAUCUUAGUUGUCUAUAAGAUUUAUUUUUUUUAUACAUGUGAUUUUCUAUUAAUAUUUUUGUUUGUUUUUCUGUUUAUAGGAAGAAUUUGA